AUGGCUCAAGUCAUCUCCAACUCUGGUCACGAUGACAUGAUUCACGAUGCUGUCCUCGACUAUUACGGCCGACGGCUUGCGACGUGUUCUUCAGACAAAACCAUCAAGAUCUUCGAUGUUGAAGGCGAGACACAUCGGUUGGCCGACACAUUGAAAGGUCACGAAGGCGCAGUCUGGUGUGUCUCUUGGGCGCACCCCAAAUAUGGAACUAUCCUGGCUUCGUCCUCAUACGAUGCGCGCAUCCUGAUCUGGCGGGAACAAAAUGGACAGUGGCAGCGCAUUUACGAGUUUUCCAACCACACGGCAUCGGUGAACCUGGUCGCAUGGUCCCCACCGGAGACCGGAUGCCACCUUGCGGCCGCGAGCAGCGACGGCCACGUCAGCGUGCUCACUUUCGAGAACAACACAUUCAACCACGACAUCUUCAAUGCCCACGCUCUCGGCGCCAAUGCAGUCUCCUGGAGUCCCGCUGUGCUCCCAGGCCAAUUGACAAACGCACAGCCUGCGGGACAACCUCCAGCGCCUGUGAAACGCCUGGUCACCGGCGGCUCAGACAACUUGGUCAAAAUCUGGUCGUACAACUCGUCGACGCAGCACUUCGACAACACCUGCACGCUUACCGGACACUCGGAUUGGGUGCGGGAUGUCGCAUGGUCACCUACGCCGCUUUCGAAGACAUACAUUGCCAGCGCAUCACAAGACCACACGGUACGGAUAUGGACACUGGCGGCCGGCGCGGACAUCAACGACCCGAGUGCUUGGAAGAGCGAAGAGUUGAACUUCGAGGUUGUCGUUUGGCGCGUGAGCUGGAGCAUGGCAGGAAACGUUCUGGCGGUGUCAGGCGGUGACAACCGUGUGAGCUUGUGGAAGGAGAAGCUAAAGGGUGGAUGGGAGGUGGUGAAGACGAUCGAGGAAUAG